AUGCUCUGCCGCUGGGUGUUGAUCUGCAGCGGCCUUCAAGUGUCUUCUUCCCGAUCCGCAGACUUGGGUGACGGCCUCCAGCAGUGCUGGCGCUCAGGUGUUCUGCGGCUCAGGGAGUGUGCCCCAGAUCAGCCUUCCGGCUGUUGCGAUGAUCUUCGGGAAAUUGCAUGGUCAGAGUUGAAGGAGAGCAGCCUCUUCCUGGCGACUUGGACGGACUGGUUUCGAUUCUUAGACUGGGCUCCUGGCCGCUGCCAACGAAUCCCGCAACCUGAAGGUGAGGUGUUGGCGUGCGUAUAUCGUGACGGUUGCCUGGAUCUAGAAGAUGCUGCAGCACUGCUUUCAAACUCGGACAGAACACAAGCUGUGCUUUGGACGGCGUGUGCUCCUUUGUCAUUGAUCGCUCAGCUCUUCUGGGUGCACCUUGGUAUUUCCUUGCCAGAACUCGAAUCAUCGCAGAUCCUGGCUCGUGUCCCCGAGCUUCUGCGGCUCUUUGCCUUGCACGCCGGCUUGCGGCACUGGCAGAGCUCCCUGGGCUCCAUCGGGACAGUGACGGAGGCAGAGCUCGAGAUGCUCCGCGUGCUCCACGUGGCGGAGGCCAGAGUCGUGGGCAAGCUGAGGUCCCGGCUGGCAGAGCACCGUCCGAGCGAUUUCGGCCGCUGCGAUGUGUGCUGUUCCGACGCAACUUGUCCUCAUUCCGAGCAGGGCCAGCAUGGCCAGCCCCUGUGUCCCGCUGACACCCGCUUCGACGCCGUUCAAGACUUACGAGAUCGGCUCUGGUCACGAGCAGCCUCCGUGCUGGAUGCGCUCGAGCAAGGGCCGCAAGGGCCAGGGCCCGGAGAGGCCGAGGCCACCUGGGCCUGGCGCCGAAUUCUUCCGGCGGAGCUGCGCUUGUUGGCGGCCCCCGCGGGCGCCUCUCAGUUCAUCUCUCGCUUCCCGUACUGUGCUGCUCUUAAGGCGAGAAGGCAAUGA